AUGCCUCCUCGACCAAUCCUAUCAACUGCCCUCCGCCGUUGGCAAUGUCCACAAUGCACGGCGCGGGGGUUCGCAUCAUCUGGCCCCCUGUCGGCCUUUGGUCCCGAACACCCUCGCUACAUCGAAGUUCCUGAACCUCCUCAACAGACCGCACCAUACCGCCCAUUCAUCAAAGGCCGCCUGCCUGUUCCGCGCGAAGUCUUGAGGGGAAAGGAUUGGCGGCAUCCCGACGCAGCCUCGCUUGACAAAACGACUCCUCUACCGCAAAAGAAGCGAGCAGCACAGCCGGGCAGCCGCGAAGAGUGGAAGCAGAAGAUGAGCGAGGUCCGCCGUCGCAACUUACGCGAGGGCUUACAGGCCCUACGAUCGCGCAGGGUUCGAAGAGAAAAUAGAGAUGAUGAGCGCCAACAGCGCAACGACAUGGAGCGCGCCGAGCUCCGCGCUCGUCCGGAGCGGGAGGACGAGCGACUCACUGCCGCCAGCCACGGGCUGGAUCUCGAAAAACUACUCCACGGCCCACUCGAAGACCCGACAAGAGAAGCACGUCUGGCUCACAAGGCCAGGAACCUCGAAAUGCACGACAGCGCCAAGCGCGCCGAGCGGCUCGACCACCUCCACACCCUCUACAUGAACGCGCGCACCUUCAUCGUCACGCCGGAGCAGUUGAACGAGGCGAUUGAAGAGGAGUUUAACAAAGACUUUAGUCAGGCAAUGGGUGGAUAUGUUGGACAGCAAGAUAGCGAGGCAACGAGCAUGUGGGCUCAUGGCCCACCGAUGACCGUCCAGGAAAUGCUCAACCGCGCCUCUCGACAGGGCACAGCUACGGGCUCGAGCAGGAGCCGAAUGAGUCUCACUGCGGAGGUGAACCGGGAGAGGAUCAGGAAGAUUGCGGAGAAAUUGACGGGAGGGAAAAUGGAGGAUGUGGUCAAGUAG